UCUUGUACGGCAAUGAAUGUCAGAUGAAAUUUCUUAAUUUCUUUUUUGGCAUUGGGAAAAAGAAAAUUGUGAUACGCUGGUUGGCAGCUUGUGAAAAAAUAGAAUUUUAAUUAUGGUAAAAGAUGUAUUUGUAAUUACUUAACAUAAUAAAUUGUAAAAGCGAAUAGGACUUUUUAAAAUGUGUAAUCCCAGUAGUGUGCGCUUUUCUGGUUUGGUGCUGACGCAGCUGAAUUGUGAAACGUAAUUUUCUGUAGGAAAAAAUUUUUCGUUCGACCUGAAGAGGCGGAACUCCACACUUGCCCAGAAGGCUCAAAAAAUUAUUACCAAAAAAAGAUCAUUGUGGAAACAAGGAGGUAGAAAAAUGUCUUCUGCAUCAAUAUUAAGUGUAAUUCAACAUUACCAACGGAGUAUCGAGCAUUCCCAGGACGAUGAAGGCAGACUUUUGCAUUGUAUUAACAAGCUGUAUAGACUGCCUGUAAGGGUGGAGCAUUUACAAGAGACUGGCGUUGGUAAAACUGUGAAUUCGUUGCGAAAAUAUAAUGGAGAAAUCGGUGUUGCUGCAAAGGCUUUGGUCACCAAGUGGAAGGCCAUGGUUGCAGCGGAAGAAGAACCACCCGAAGCUAAUAACUGUCAAGGUGACGAUGACGAUGACGGGAACAAUGCCAAUGGGCACGGGUCAAGUGAUGAUGAUCCCUAUAAUCAAAACCAUACUCAAGGCAAAGGUACAUCCCAAGAACAACAUCAAAAAAAUACAUUAAGUCAAAAUACAUCUAAAGAGGAGCAAUCAAUGCAUAAAAAUAAAAGUAGUUCUGACUAUAGAUCUAAGUCUCAUAACGAAGAUAAGUCAAAUAAAAGUUCGUAUGAGCAAUCGUCAUCGAAACAAAAAAGACGCAUUGAGCAAGAGGAAAAAGAAAUUUAUUCUGAGAAAAAAUCCAAACAUAGUGAACGUGAUAACGAGGUAAAGAAUUUGGAAAAUGAUAAACAUAAAUCGUCAAAAGAGAAGUCAGAACGAAGUCGCGAGCGAAGUGAGAAACAAAGCUCAAGCAGGGAUGUAAAAACUACCUCUCCCGAAAUGUCGCAUCAUAAAAGUGGUGCCGAUUCCAAGGAAAAGAAAGACAGUGCCAGGGGUGAAAAUCAAAAUGAGUAUACGAGUUCGUCAAAACAACAACUAAAUCACGCGUCAGAAAAGACAAGGAAAAACAAGAAGGAGGACAAAGAAAAACAAGGAUCAUCAAGGGAAAAGGAUAAGAAUGAACGAUCAAAAGAGAGCAAGCAUGACAAAACUAAGUCGUCUCCAAAUGAUAGUUCGCAUCGCGACAAGCAUCACAAAUCUUCCACAUCACAUUCGUCCACCAGCGGCAGUAAGCCUUCAACAUCAGCAAUCGAACGACCGUCUUCGUCGACAGCACAUACGAAGGCAGAUAGCGGUCAUAGCAGCAGGAAACGCCCACACGAUAGUGAUUCAAAUGAUGGGUCUCCAACGAAAGCCAAAGUGUCGAAAACACCAAAAUCAAUUAAGCUUAAAUCAAAAACAAAUGACAAUGAGGAAGAAGUGGGUGCGGACGAAGGUAUCGAUUCUUCUAUGGGCGCGAAUUUUGCUGAUGUUUUGGGCAUGCUAAAUAUGCCAACAAAGAAGUCGAAAAAAUUGCUUAACAAUAGCAAGUCGCCUACACCCAGCAAGAUUCCCUUGAAUGAAAAGCCACAUAGCAGUAGCUCCAACAGUAACUCUAAAAACGAAUACAGACCAAGCUCGAUGUCCUCAGCUUCAACUUCCGCAAAACCAGUAGACGAAAAACCAGAGCUUCUGUCAGCUUCUGCGAAAUUAGCGCCACUUGAUCCCAGUAUUGUGUUUGAGCUGCCAACGAUUUCAACGAAUUACAAACCGCUACCACACAAUAAGACCGUAAUGGACUGCGUUUACCGUAAUAGCGGAGCUGUGGUUAACACUCCCAAGCCUGUGAGGACACUCACCGAUGCAGAAGCGCUAAGUCACAGCAUCUCUUCGAAGACAAUGCGUACCAAAAUCUACUCCGGUAUUAAAACUGGACAAGUGUUGCAAGUGCCAUCACUAUUCGAUCUAUGCAUACGAAUACUGCAAAAGAAUAUCGAUGCUUUGGAAUAUACUGGCGGUGUACCCUUCGAAGUCCUUCGUCCUGUUUUGGAGCGUGCUACACCACCACAAUUACUAACAUUUGAAGAAUACAAUCCGUACAUGAUGGAAGACAGCGAUUGCCUAUGGCAAAUCCAUGUGCAAAGAAAUUACCGUACCAAAAAGCGUAUGGAAAUGGAGUCUUGGCGUGAAAUGUAUUUGGUAUGCAUGCAAUCAAUAAUUAUUAGAGCAUUUUAAAUAUAUAUAU